GGUCGCUGGAGAUGGGGACCGGGGUCCGCGGGGAAAUGGUGGGCUCUCCAGCCAGGGGCCAGAGGGAUCGUGAGGAGGGUGCGGCACCCGCACCCUCCCAGCUCCCCGGCGUGGGCCCCGAGCGGUUCCUGGCGCGCCUCCCGGGAGACGCGGGGCCCACCCGCCAGGUCCGCCUCCUGGGUCCCGCGGACAAGCACAGGCACAGACACCGGGGACAGGGCCCGGGACAGAGUUUUCCCGCCCAGCUGGAGUCCGGAAAGGGGCCGAGCCCCUGCUCCCGCCCCGUCGGUUGCACCCCUUUCCCCCGCUGCCCCUGGUCCCCCCGCCCCGGCCGCGCCCCCUUGGUCCCUUUGUCCCUGGCCUCUCACCUCUGUCUUCCCUCAUCCCUGGGACCCGGACUCUGUCUUCCCCUUACUGCCACCCCUAGUCCUGCUCCGCCCCUCUGGGGACCCUUCUUGCACCUCCUUUCUCUUCCCUAGGAGCAGCCUCGGUCCUGGGGCGGGCAGGCCACCUUCGGGAGAGGCCGGCGGGAGCCGGGUCUGCUGCCCGGCGUGACCCCCAAACUCCCGGCCCUCCCCCGAAUCUUGUCCCACUUCUUAAUAGGACCUGGGGCCCCCAGCCGCUCGGCUGAUGGAACCACGCAUGGGGGCCCGAGAGGGGGAGUACGCCGAGGGCGUCAGUGAGCGAGACAUCCUGCUCAUCCACUCCUGCCGGCAGUGGACAACGGUGACAGCUCAUACCCUGGAGGAGGGCCACUAUGUCAUCGGGCCCAAGAUCGACAUCCCCCUGCAGUACCCAGGGAAGUUCAAGCUCCUGGAACAGGCCCGGGAUGUGCGGGAGCCAGUGAGGUACUUCAGCAGCGUGGAGGAGGUGGCCAGUGUCUUCCCUGACCGCAUCUUCGUGAUGGAAGCCAUCACCUUCAGCGUCAAGGUGGUGUCGGGCGAGUUCAGCGAGGACAGCGAGGUGUACAACUUCACGCUGCAUGCGGGCGACGAGCUCACUCUUAUGGGCCAGGCGGAGAUCCUGUGCGCCAAGACCACCAAGGAGCGCUCGCGCUUCACCACCCUCCUGCGAAAGCUGGGCCGGGCCGGGGCGCUGGCCGGGGUGGGCGGCGGCGGCCCAGCGAGCGCGGGGGCCGCGGGAGGCACUGGCGGCGGGGGCGCCAGGCCGGUCAAAGGCAAGAUGCCCUGCCUCAUCUGCAUGAACCACCGCACCAACGAAAGCCUGAGCCUGCCCUUUCAGUGCCAGGGCCGCUUCAGCACUCGCAGCCCGCUGGAGCUGCAGAUGCAAGAGGGCGAGCACACGGUGCGCGCCAUCAUCGAGCGCGUGCGGCUGCCGGUGAACGUGCUGGUGCCCAGCCGGCCGCCGCGCAACCCCUACGACCUGCACCCGGUGCGGGAGGGUCAUUGCUACAAGCUGGUUAGCAUCAUCUCCAAGACGGUGGUGCUGGGGCUGGCGCUGCGCCGCGAGGGCCCGGCGCCGCUGCACUUCCUGCUGCUCACGGACACGCCGCGCUUCGCGCUGCCGCAGGGCCUGCUGGCCGGGGACCCGCGCGUGGAGCGCCUGGUGCGCGACAGCGCCUCCUAUUGCCGCGAGCGCUUCGACCCCGACGAGUACUCCACGGCCGUGCGCGAGGCGCCAGCGGAGCUCGCCGAAGACUGCGCCAGCCCGCGCCGCGCGCGCCUCUGCCUGCCCGCGCCGCGCGCCCCCGGGCUCGCCCGCGCCCCCGGCCCGCUAGCGCCGGCUCCCGCCGGCGAGGGCGACCAGGAGUACGUGAGCCCCGACUGGGCAGCCGCGCCCGAGCCCGCCGCGCCGCCCGCCGAGAUCCCCUACGAGGAGUUGUGGGCGCACCAGGGGCCCGAGGGCCUCGUCCGGCCGCCCCCAGGGCCCGACCUCAUCUCCUUCGGGGCCGCGGGACCGCCGCGUCGGGAGCCGGAAGCGCCGCCGCCUCCAGUCCCUCCCAAAUCCGAGGCGGUGAAGGAGGAGUGCCGCCUGCUCAAUGCCCCUCCAGUGCCUCCCCGGGGUGGCAAUGGCAGCGGCCGGCUCUCCAGCAGCCCCCCGGUUCCCCCUCGCUUCCCCAAGCUGCAGCCGGUACAUUCCCCCAGCUCCAGCCUCUCCUACUACUCCUCUGGCCUCCAGGAUGGAGCGGGUUCCCGCAGUGGCAGUGGCUCCCCAUCGCCGGACAUCUACUCCCUCUAUUGCUACCCGUGCACCUGGGGAGACUGCAAGGUGGGCGAGUCCUCUAGCCGCCCAGCCCCCGGUCCCCUACCCUCAACCACACAGCCCAGCCAGGCCUCCCGGGCCCUCACAGAGCCUCUGAGCGGUCGAGCCGCCUCCCUUCUGGGGGCUGACACCCCUGUUAAGACCUACCACAGCUGCCCUCCUCUAUUCAAGCCCUCACACCCCCAGAAGCGCUUUGCUCCGUUUGGAGCUCUCAACCCUUUUUCUGGGCCUGCCUACCCCUCAGGCCCUUCAGCGGCCUCGUCUUCUGGGCCCACAACCACCUCGGGUCCUGUGGCUACCUCUGGCCCUGCGUAUUCCCCAGGCCCAGCCUCGCCAGGCCGGGCCUAUUCAGCUGCUCCCCCCUCCUCCUGCGCCCCCUCCUCCUCCUCUUCUGAAUGGCAGGAACCAGCCCUGGAGCCCUUCGAUCCCUUUGAGCUGGGGCAGGGCAGUUCUCCAGAGCCUGAGCUGCUGCGUUCUCAGGAGCCCAGAGCAGUGGGGACACCUGGGCCUGGACCCCGCCUUUCACCACUUGGCCCCUCCAAGGCCUUUGAGCCUGAAGGUUUGGUGCUGCACCAGGUCCCCACCCCACUGUCACCAGCUGCUCUGCAGGGACCUGAGGCGGGAGGAGCACGACUUUUUCUAACCCAAGGGCGCCUGGAAGGGCCUCCUGCCAGUCCCUGGGAUGGAGCCGCAGGCUUUGGAGUCCGAGAUGCCUCCUCCUGGCAGCCCCCUGCUGACCUGUCUGCGCUCUCCCUGGAGGAGGUCUCUCGCAGUCUGCGUUUCAUCGGGCUCUCAGAGGAUGUGGUGAGCUUCUUUGCCCGAGAACGCAUCGAUGGUAGCAUCUUUGUGCAGCUCAGUGAGGACAUCCUGGCAGAUGACUUCCACCUCACCAAGCUGCAGGUCAAGAAGAUCAUGCAGUUCAUCAAAGGCUGGAGGCCCAAGAUCUGAACUGCCCAGCUGGAGCUGCACAGCUGGAAUGCUGGUAUGGGGGCCCCAGGGACAGCACUCCAGAGGAGCAGGUGCUGCCUGCAAGAAGGAUCUAUGUCGAGACUGAGGCUGCUCAGCAGCCACUGGGUGGAUCCAGGGGAGAUGCAUGUGGAAAUGUGGUCCUCUGGGGUCAGACCCCUGCACGGGACAUCUUGCCUUUGAGUGUGCAGAGUACAUGGGGAAGGGGCCGGGGGCACCACUGUGUACCUGGGCCCAGUAAGGCAUUUGCCGUGAUUCCCACAACGGGGUCAAAAGCUGGCCUUCAGGGUGACCUAACACCUCCUCAUUCCCUGCUAUAGACCUUCACAAACGACUUCCACUGCUGAAGCCUGUAGGCUGUGUUUAGAGACAAGAAGAUAGCGGGUAAUUUAAGCACAGAUUUCCCAAGUGCCCACUCUCCUUUGUGCUCUGUUGGCUUUUGGCCUAAAGCUGCCCCAGAGUGAGGGUGUAGAUGUCUGUGUCUGUGAGAUGCCUUUCCCUUCCCCCUCUGCUCCACCGUGGUUGAGCGGGGGUGGGGGGGGGGGGCCUGGCCCUGCACACAGGUGAGUCAUGUACAAGCCUAACCCAUGGCACCUCAGAGGCUCCACCCGUGGGUCCUGGUUCAUGGGUGACGACUUUGGAAGAGCACAGCUCUGCAAUUGACCCGGCCCACUUAUCUAGCUAGGAAGCCAGACACUGCCCAGAUGACUCUAGCACCCUGGCUUCUGCUCUGACUUUACUGCAGCUAGUCAUCCAUCCAUCAGGUGGGGUUCAGUCUCAGAAUACUGAUUCCGUGGAAGAGCAGGUUGAUUUAGGUCAGCUUCUCCUUGAUUCUAGAAGCAAGCGGUAGUCAACCACCUCCAAUUCUGCCAAUCUCUUGCCCCCAUCAUUUGUCUCUGACAAUACUUGGUGUUUUUCCCUGGUUUUCUGUCACUGGCACAGGAGGGUACAGUUGGGAGAGUGCGUUCCUGGAGCUUAGUCCUGCACUUGUUUAUGUGCUUCACAGCAGGUCUUUGUGCCCUUGAAUCUCAAACAUGGGGAUCUGCUUGGUACUCAGAGCUCUGGUCAUUGUGUCCAACCACACACCCCACCCCACCCCUGUGUCCUCCAUCUCACCCAGAACCACAGGGUGCCCACUAAUGUCAGGGCCCAAGGUGCCAGCCUUCUCUUCUGCCUUACCUAGUCUACUUAUUUAUUUCCUCCACUUUUUAUCUUAAAAGUAGCUAAGCCAUGCUGGUGCCCAUACUCCAAGCAGGCUGCCUCAGCUCAGAGAAGUGGUCAGAGAGUAGAGCACAGAACCUGUGAUGUGGGGACAUUUGGUUUUCUUGCAGAUCAUUUAAUGAAUCCUCAAGGACUAAUGAAAUAAAUGCUAGACUGCUGAAGAUGAGUACAAGUGGCA